AUGUUUUCUGCUCAGCACAGUUUCUAUGUAAUAGCUUCUACUAACUCUUACGUUAUUGAUUUGCAGGUUCGGAUUCAUCGCGUCCCUCUGCACUUGCCCAAAUCAUGGAGGUGGACCAAGGGAGAUGAAGGUCGACGUGAGGGGAAAUCGUUGGUGCUGAAACUUUUAAGAGCAAACAACAGUCUUCUUAGUGAUGUGGCUAAAACAUGCAACAAAAAUAUAUUAUCCUCAUGUGAAAGCUGUUUAAAUUCAUUGCCGGUUCUAUUUAAGAAGGUCGAAAAUCACAGCGCGGAGUGGUACGAUCCCCCACUGGACGAACAAAUAUCUCUAGAAACCGACAACCUUUUAUGGUUGCUUGACAUUCUGGCAGAUAGACAAGCAGCUGAGGAGUUUGCAUUGAUGUGGGCCAACCAACAAGAGCUUGCAAACCUGCACGCAAAAACUAGGACGCCCUCUCGCCAUUUUGUUAGCUGCAUAACAACACGAUUGCUUGUCGGUAUAGGAAAUGGGGAAAUCCUUCCGGGAAAGCGCACCCGUCGGCUACUAUUGCAGACAUGGUUUCAGCCACUAGUCGAUGACUACUCUCGCUUACUAAAACUUGAAUCAUUUGAUCCCGAAGUGGUGGAAGGAAAUAUUGAGAGGGCAAUAUUAGAACUUGCGCCAAAAAAUCAACGGAGUUUGUUGCUGGCGUGGUAUGAGUGUUUCUUGAAGGACGGUGAGAACUGUCCAGAUCUUCGAAAAGCCUUUCAAGACUGGUGCAGAAGAACCUUUAGCAAGACACCUCCACAUCUCAUUCUCCCUCCUUAG